UGGCAGCUGUGUCUGACCCAGGAUGGUCGAUAUCUCACUGGUGCCUCUCUGAUCCCUGGCGGUUUACUCUCCGUUUGCUGCUGCCUCCCUUGGAGUCCCACCUUCACCAGCUCUAGUUCCUCACUUCAGCCACGAUGUCGAGCUCCCAGCAGCGCCUCAUUCAGGGCAUGCACCAGGACCUCAGUUGCCCCGUCUGCCUCAAACUGUUCCAGUCUCCCGUGACAACAGAAUGCGGGCACACCUUCUGCCAAGAGUGCCUGUCCCAGGUGCCCAAGGAAGAGGACGGGCAGGCAACCUCCUGCCCCACCUGCCAGGCUCUUACGAAGGUGGCGCAGCUGUGCAUCAACCAGCAGAUGGAGCACCUGGUGGGUUGUUUCCAGCAGGUCCCCCGCGACCAUUGCGAGGAGCACCUGGAUCCGCUGAGUGUCUACUGCGAGCAAGACCAGCAGGUCAUCUGUGGGGUGUGCGCGUCUCUGGGCAAACACAAAGGGCACAACAUCAUCACCGCUGCCGAAGCCCACCAAAAGAUGACUAGGAAACUUCCCCAGCAACAAGUCCUGCUGCAAGAAGCCCAAGUCCGGAAGGAGAAGACCAUUGCUCUGCUGAACCGGCAAAUAGCAGAAGUGGAGGACACCGUAUCUCAGUUCAAGCGGCAGGUGUCGGAACACCUGGGGGUGAUGCGGGCCUUCUUGGGGACACUGGAGGCCUCUCUGAGCAGGGAGGCUGAGCGCGUGCAGAACCAGGCGACCGAGGCCUUGCAAAACGAGCGCAAGACCAUGACUCGCUACCUGGACCAGCUCAAGCAGAUGGAGACAGUGUUGGGAGAAGUCCAAGGAGAACCCCAGACGGAGUUUCUCAGGAAAUACUGCCUAGUGGCCAGCAGAUUGCAGAAGAUCCUGGGAGAAUCCCCGCCCAUCGCCCGCAUGGACAUCCAGCUCCCCAUCAUUUCAGAUGAGUUCAAAUUCCAGGUGUGGAGGAAGAUGUUCCGUGCACUGAUGCCAGCCUUGGAGAACCUGACCUUUGACCCCAACACCGCUCAACAAAACCUGGUGGUGUCGGAGAACGGUAAGACGGUGGAGUGCGUUGACCACAAGCAAGCUGUCAGCCCAGAUGACCCGCAGCGCUUCGAUAAGUCCAACUGCGUGGUGUCGUGCCAGAGCUUCUCGCAGGGAGAGCAUUACUGGGAGGUGAUUGUGGACGACAAGCCGCGCUGGGCUCUGGGCAUUGUCUCGGCGGAGGCCGGGCGCAAGGGCCGCCUGCACGCCACCCCCUCCAACGGCUUCUGGCUGGUGGGGUGCAAAGAGGGCAAGACAUACGAGGCCCACGUGGAACACAAGGAGCCACGGCCCUUGAAGCUGGAGGGGAAACCCAGCCGCAUUGGCAUCUACCUCAGCUUUGACGACGGCGUCCUCGCCUUCUACGACGCCAGCGAUGAAGAUAACGUGGUGCAGGUUUUUGCCUUCCAUGAGCGCUUCAAGGGCGCCGUUUACCCGUUCUUCGACGUCUGCUGGCACGACAAGGGCAAAAACAGCCAACCGCUGGUUAUCUAUGCGCCAGAGUCAAAAGUGUAGUAACCAACCAGAGACUCCGGAAGAAAUGUUGUGAACUUCACCCAACCACAAUGUGUGUUAUAGGCUGUUUGCGCACAAGUCACCUAAAACGUUUUUGAAACCUUUCAGAUACCCCCAAAUAACACGAUUUUUGUUCACGCUCACCCCCUUGAAACAAUUUCUGGCCACCA